AUGUCCGCCCCUCGAAUCCCCGCUAAGCGCCCCGCUGGGUCAACGCCGAAGCUCCCCAACUCCCCCUCGGUAGCGCUCACGCCAAAGUCCUAUCCUGCGCCGGGACGAACACCCACCUCUCAAGCUGGCACAUCGCCCGAGCGCUCAGCCAAGCGCGCGCGCCUUAGUCAAGGGAGCGGGCAAGGCGAAAUCCAGAAUGGCGGACUCGUACCUCCCUCGCUGGCGCAAGUCGGUCGAGGAGUCAGUACAAGGGGAGGCGUAGCGUGGGUACAGGAGAAGGUCGCUGAGCUUGGGAGCAUGUACAAGGAAUGCCUCGUGGCGGCUACCCUCCUGCUCCAGUACAGGACGUACUCGCGUGACUUUGGGAUAGGCACAAAGCGUACACCGGUACAUCUGUCACAAAGGCUCGAGCUCGCUUGGACUCAAUACGAAUCCUUGCGGUCACAUAUCGAGUCAUAUCUCCUGCAAUGCGCUCAAGCAGCCACUCCUAACUCCACCGCCAAGCCACUCCCUACACCGUCCUCACUCGUACCCGGUCUCCCACCUCUCCCAUCUAUCCCCUCGAUCCCUCUUACCGCUCUCACCCUCCUCCAGGCCGACCCGCACCCAGGCCGUCUAGGCCGCGUAUCGCUCGAUAAACUCCUCGCUGCGGACCCUGCCAAGGGUCUCGUCGGGUACACGUCAGGCGAGGUGGUCUUUCCCGGUGUACCAUCGGACGUUGCCAUGCCGGUCGAGGAGAUUCGGGUCGCAGAGCAGCCCAACCCGGAGCCAGUCGCUAUGUCUAUAUCCCUACCCGGGGUGGAUUAUAGCGCUCAAGCGGGUAUGGGCGGAGAUGACGGGAUGGACCUGACUGGCAUGGGCAUCGAGGAGCUAUCAGCGCUCAUCAACGGGGAUGCGCUCAUGUCCGGUCUAAGCAGUGGGAUGGGUCAGCAGGGGCAAGGGGCGGAAGCGGCGGGCAUGCUGGACGACCUGAACCGGUUCGCUCAGAGCCAGGCACCAGUGCCGCUUCCACUACCGGUACAAGCCCAGCCUGUCCAGCAGCAGGCCGUACAGAACAUGAGCGGGUCUGCUCCAGGACUGCCAAACCGGGAAGCGGCCAACGCUUUGCUCGCCGAGAUGCAGCAAAACCAGGCGCCAGCACGACAAGUCCAACAACCACCGGCUGUCGCUCCAGCUCCAAUCUCAUCCUCUCAGCCUCUGCAGCAAGCCCAACAACCUUACCCUCCCGCUCCCCCUCCGGUGCAAAGCUUAGACUUUGCCUUUCCCACCAUGGACACCGCGGACAGCUUGGACCCCCUGGACGGGCUGGGCGAUAUCGACUUCAACGAGCUUGCUGGGAUGUUCACCAACGCCAGCGGGCGGACCACACGGCAAGCCAGUCCCGAUGCUGCAUCCCAGCCACUCGCGCCUAUCACGCAGUCGGACCUGUCGGUCGCUCAACUUCCCGUCAAUCCGGCUCAACAACAGCCAGACCAGCUCGGUCUGGACAUGUCAAGCCUAUACCCCGUCCAAGAUAGCGCGCGGAUGCGGGCGGCGGACUUUGAUGGGACAUUAGGCGGGAUCGAUCUGAAUGAUUUCAAUUUUGGUGGGGAUGGCGAGGGGAGUCUGCCAGGUGUGGAUGGAGAUGAGUUUGAGAGCAUGUUUGCCGAGUUCAAGUAG